CACCCUUCCCACAGCGGGCGUGUGGUCCCGGGACAUUUCACUGCUGGGAGCGGCGCAGCUCCUCACUAUGAGCCUUUGAUUCGGCGAGUUAGGGCCGGGGCUGAGUACCCCACUCGCUUCUCAAGAUGCCUUCGGGACAACAGGCGCAGGGUGGCAAAAUGUUCGGGAUCCUGAAAGCGCAACAGGAGGAGCGAUUGGCUAGUGUUAAUAAGGAGUUUCUGGAAGACCAAAAGUACCAAGAUGAAGAAAAUUUAGCAGAAAAUCUGGAAUCUUUCAAAAAGAAAUAUAUGGAGUUUGAUCUCAAUGACCAAGGUGACAUUGGAAUGUACUUUGUAGACUUUGUCAGGGUUGUGCACUUUGAAGAAUUGCUGAUGAUUUUCUGCACUGCUCGUAUUGACUUAGACUUGAUGAGCUUGAAGCAGAUGCUGGAGAAACUUGGAGUUCCCAAGACUCACCUGGAAGUAAAGAAGAUGAUUUCAGAGGCUACUGGUGGCAGCAGCGAGACUAUCUCUUACCGCAACUUUGUCAUCAUGAUGCUGGGCAAGCGUUCCACGGUCCUCAGAUUAAUUAUGAUGUUUGAAGGAAAAAGUGACGGAAAUGGUUCAAAACCCACAAGACCUCCUGCUAAGAGGGACAUCUCCAGCCUCCCGUGACUCUGAGCUGCUGAUGAAGAACUGGGAACGACAACGCACCUGUCUUGGAUUGUCAGUAGCCUUGUGGGAUGUUUUAUCUUGGCCUUUUUGAGGUGGUGGGUGAGUGGAAUUGCAGCAAACUAAGCUCUUUGCAGCCCCUGUCAGUCAAGACUCAGCAUUCUUAUCUGCUAUUUUUCAAAUUCAUCUUAUUGCGUAAUUAUCAAUCUAACAUUAUCCGGCAGGCUCGGCCAGUUUUGGAUAUAGUAAUGCCCUUUUCGUUGCAGUCCCCUAAUCUUCAAUAUUUAAGUUUCACGUUUGGUUCCUUGGGUAGCAUUGUUACUUUGGAGCGAGGAAGAUGUAGUUUCGAACUCCAAGGACUUCAGUCCCCAGUCCAUACUACCAACAUCUUUCCCAAGGUGUGCAGCAUCAUCGGAGGUGCAGUUUUUGGAUAAAUCCUAACUGUUCUCCGAGGUAGAUGUAAAAGGUUCCCCUUGCAUGUGUUUGAAGAAAAGGUGGUUUCUAUAUAGUGUCCUGGUUGAGGAUUUUCCCUGACCAACACCAUCACAGUAGAUUAUUGGGUCAUUAUACCAAUACUAGGAGCUUGCUGCAUAUGCAGUACUCAUUACCAUUCUUGCCCUUUAAAAAUAGUAAUUUUUUGUGAAGAACUUUGGGAUAUCCCGGGUUGCACAAUGUGCCAUAUGAAAAUCCAAGUUUACUUCCUCUUGCACCAAUCUGAUUACUUUUCAAAGCCCGGUGAGGUAUUUUUCAAAUAGAUCGGUACUCCAGUUCCUUCCUAUCCCUCAGUAAGUUGCUGCUAUUUCAUGUGGUGCUCAUUAUAUCUGGUGGCACUACCUUAAACAAUGGUAUGGGAGGGGUAAUCAGAGAUAACCCACCUCUAUGCUUAAUUGCAGCCCAUUUGGCCUAAUUUCUAUCUACUAUCUUCCAUUUGGUGUAUGAUUUGAUUAACUUAGUUUUAGGAUCCCACGUUCCAGUCUCAACAGAAGUGGAAGUAUUUUCUCUUGCACCUACAUGAGAAAAUAUUUUCUUAACCUUAUAAAGAUUUCCUGCAGAUCACACCACAGUCAAGACAAAGUUGCUCCAACCUGAGUGAAUAAAAUUUGAGAAUUAUCAAUGCAAGAGAUUCUGCAGAUGCUGGAAAUCCAGAGCUACGCACACAAAAUGCUGGAGGAACUCAGCAGGUCACGUGAACACAAGAGAUUCUGCAGAUGCUGGAAAUCCAGCGCAAUGUGUACAAAAUGCUGGAGGAACUCAGCAUGUUAUAAACACGAGAUUCUGUACAUACUGGGAAUCCAGAGCAACACACAACCUGCUGAGUUCCUCCAGCAUUUGUGCAUGAGAGUGAUAGAUUUUUGGAUGCUUAAGGGGUGUUGGGUUCUGGCAAGUGUGGGGGACUGAGAAUGAUGAUCAACCGUAAUACUUACACGUGAGGAAGGAUUAUAUGGACUUCUAUGUGACUGCACCAAUAUGAUCUCAAUAUAUACUCUUGCCAGCAUUAAAUGAGUAAUCUCAAGAGUUCUGGUUUCACUGUUGUAAAUCCUUUUUGCUUUUGUAAUAUUUAAUGUUUUGUUAAUAAUCUUUGAUUAAGUUGGCCAAUACCACACCAUUUCUGCCACCUUUCCUGCCUCUGAUGUACAAUUUAUUUCUCAUUCUCUCAGCUCAUUGGUUUUGACUUUAGGAAAUAGUUUCUGCUUAUUCUCUGUUCACCUCCCUGUAUGUGGAAGUUUCAGUAUAUUGUGUUGUAGGAAUAAUGAUUCAUUCCAUGAUUUUGUACAGCUUCAGACACCGAAUAAACCAAUUAUUUAACGGAAGUUAGUCUCACUUUGUUCA